AUGUUUACUAGAAGAAAAUCUAGAAAUAUCAACGAUACGGCUUAUACAGGGGUUAAUCAAAAUACUAUUUCAUAUUCAACUCAACCUAGUUCUGGAGCUUUAGCUGCUGCUUUAUCAAUUGGUAAUAAUAAUAAAAAACAACUGAAUAAUAAUAGAUCAGUUUCUAAUACUUCACAAACUAGAAAUGACUCAUUAUCUUCAAAUGGUAGUUUAUUAAAAAGAAGUUCACGAAAUAAUAUACAAAAUAAUAAAUUACAACAACCAAAUAGAAGAUUUUCAAAUGGUUCAUAUUCUUCAUCUACAUCUACUAGAUCAAGUCCUAUGACUUCAAUUGAUGCUCAUCAACAUCAUCCAGUGGUUUAUGAUAUAGAUGAUAGUUUUAAUGAUUCUUAUUUAGAUGAAAUUACUGAAGAAUCAACUAAAGUAUACUUAAAUAAUAAAGCAAAUUUACAAGAUUUAAAGUUAUCACAUAAUAAUCAGAAAAAUAUACAACAACAACAACCACGAAAACCUGUUAAGAUGAUAAAAAAAUAUAUUCCAAGUCCCACAGGGAUAAAAGUUAUAGAAGUUCCUGAAUCAACUUAUGAAAAAGAAUUAGCAAGAUCAAAUUCAUUGAGAUCUAAUUCAAUUUCAAGAUCAAAUUCAUUACGUGGAUUAUCAAAUAAAGGUAAAAUCUCAAGAUCAACUUCAUUACAAAGUGUUUCGAAAAUUGCUGCUGGUGGUGCUGCAACUGCUGCUAAAAAUCAUAGACAAUCUCCAAGAUCAGUUAGUUCUCCUUUAAAAAUAAGUGAAGAUGUUGAUUUGGAGGAAUCAUUAGGUAAAUCAGAUGAAAAAUAUGAACAACAAUUAAAAUAUAAAGCAUUACAAAAAGAAAUUGAAGAAGAAAAGAAAUUGGCUAAAGAAAUAGAAGCUAAAAGAAAAGAAUAUGAGAAAUUAAAACAAGAGAGAUUACAAAAUGCACAAAAAUUGAAAGAUCUAGAAGCUGAAGUUAAUUCACCAGAUGUUACUGAUUCAACCAUUAUACAUAAUAAAGAAGAGGUACCCAAUGAACAUACAAAUAAACUGGAGAAUGUUGAAGAUGGUAAUAUGCCAAAAGAUGAUUUUGUUAGAAUUUCAAUUCCUGUUUUAAGCGAUGAUGAAGAUGAUAAGAUUUCAAAACCUCAUUUAUCAGUUCUUGAUGAUGAUGUUGAUGCUAAUGAACUGAAAUACUCAGAAUUAGAAAUACAUGAGGAACCUACAUCAAAUAUAGAAACAUCAACUACUGAAGCUGAACCAGAGUAUAAAAGUUUAGAUCCAAAUGAUACUGAAUUGGGGAUAAUCAAUCAAUAUAAUUUAGAAUCUACAGAAAAUUUGGUUGAUGAAUCUAAACCUUUAUUUGAUCCUUCACCAGCUAUAACAGAUCAUCCAAUUGAAGAAGAAUCAAAAGAAACUUACGUGUCAACAUUACAACCACCAGUAGCGGCAUCAGGAGCAAGUUCAAAAUCAUCAGUUUACUCAAGUGAAUCAGCCAAAAAACCAAUUAAAUCUGCAAUGAAAACAUCGAAAUCAACUCCAAUUUCAAAUGAACAAAAUAAUAAUAAUAGUGUUGCACAUCAAGCUUAUUUAUCAUUAACAACAGCUGAAAAUACAAGAUUAAAUUCAAAAUUAUCAAAUCCUCAAUUAUUAAAUAAUAAUGAUUUUGCUUUAUUAUCAGGUGCUCCAGGUGGUGCAUAUCCACAGUUUACACAACUACAAAAUAAACCAUCUAAUAAAAGAUUAUCACAACAAACAUUGAGAAAACCACAACAACAAUCACAAUCACAACCUAAAACGUCACUUAGACCCCAAUCAAUUCAACAAGAACCAGUAAGUAUGAGUAAUAGAUCUUUAAGACAUAGUACAGUACAACCAAUAGCUCCUCAUCCAGCAUUACAACCAAAUUAUGUAUCACCAUCAAAAGUUAAAGCUCAAGAAUUAUAUGCAAAAGCUCAAGCUAGACCAAGGUCUGAUUUUGCACCUUUAAAAAAGAAAUCAUCAUUUACUAGAGAACAAAAUGAAAAUGAUGAAAUACCAUUAAGAAGUCCAGAUAGAGAAAAUGAAAUAAAUAAAAAUACAAAAACAACAUUACGCGGUUCAACUCUACCACCACAAAAUAUUCAACAACUACAACAGCAACCAGUUCAAGAAAGUAAACCAAAAUCAAGUGGAUUUUUCAAAUCUAGAUUUGCUGAUUCUGAUGAUGAAGGUGAUUAUCAACCAAGUGGAAAUAAAUUCAAAUCUAGAUUCAAUGACUCAGAUGAAGAUCUUCCUAAAAUACAACAACCAAACAAUCAACCAGUAAAUAAUCAACAAUUUACAACUUUAAGACAGGAUUCAUCAAAUGUUGAAAAACUACCAAAAGAAAAGAAGAAAUUUGGUAAAUUAAGAAAACUAUUUGGAUCAAGGAAUAAUUAA